AUGAACGCCCCGGGCGGCUGCAGCCUGCCCGCCGCCUGCCACUGCUGCGAGCUGCACAUCUACAUCCAGGGGCCCGGACCCCAGCGCCUCGGCGGGAAGCCCCGGAGCCCGCUGCACAUCCACGUCUCAGGCGGCCCCGGCCCGCCGCCCGCCCGCCACCGCUCCGAGCUGCGGCUCCACGUCGGGGGCCCGGGGCCACCCCCGCUCAGCGCCGAGGCCUGGAGCCACCUGGAGCGCCACGUCCAGCGGCUGCAGCAGCAGCGGCGAUGGGGGCUCCCGCAGCGGGUGCAGGAGUCGUGGCGCCUGCUGACCGGCCCAGCCCUGCCGUCGGGCACCCCGCGGCUCCCGCGCCUCGGCCUGCCGGCCACCAGCACCAGCCCCAGCACCGCCGCGGCGUGCGGCCAGGGCCGGGGAGCCGCUCCGGGGGCAGGCUGGGGCCCCGAGCACCUGGCCCCCGAGCUGCGGGCCCAUCUGCAGAGCCACGCGGCCAAGAAGUGCCUGGAGCUGCGGCUGGGCGCGCCGCCGGCCCCCGUGCGCCGGUCUCAGCAGGCGGCGGCCCGGCGGGGCAGGAGGCGCCUGGCCAGGCCCAUCCACGCCGGACACAAGCGCCCGCAGCCCCGGGCCAGCUCGCUGCUCUUCCUGCCCACGGCCACCCUCCACGCGCUGGACACCAACGUCCGGCACAAGCGGCUGGCCUUCCUCUGGGGGCUGCCGCACCGCUACCUGCAGCCCUGGGCCGCGGCCAUCCCCGCAGCCCCAGCCUGGACAGCCCGAGCCCCAAGUGGCCCCAUGGCAAGCGGCGUCCCGGCGGCAGAGGCGUCGUGGCUUGGGGCGGCGCAGCGGGAGGCACUGGAGCGGCACGUGCUGAAACGGAGGCUGCAGCACACCUGGGGCCUGCCUGGCACCGCGCAGCGAUCCCUGCGCGCCUUCCUGCCCCGCGCCCCACGGCCCGCACCCCCGCGCCCACCCGCGCCAGGCCUGCCCGUGCAGCCUGUGCCACACGCCCUGCCCUUCCUGGCCCCGCACGUGCAGAGCCAGCUGGACGCCCACGUCGCGCACCUCCUGACCCAGCAGCACUGGGGCCUCCCCAAGCGCCUGGGCACCGCCGUGCGCGGCUUCCUCGCCUCCGCACCCCCUGCUGUGGCCUGUGUCGCGAAGCUGCCCACUGGCACAAUGCCAGCCCCCGCGACACUGGGCCGGGGCCGGGGCCGGGGCCAGGACCGGGACCAGGACCGGGACCAGGACAGGGACCGGGGCCUGAUGAAUGGCGAUGCCCGUGAGCGCCUGGAGAGCCAUGUGCGGAGCAAGCAGCUGCAGCACGCCUGGGGGCUGCCAGCCCUGGUGCAGGGGUCGCUGGGUGCCUUCGCAGCCCCGGCCCCCCGGCCCCCUGCCCCGGCCCUGCCGCGACUCCCGGCCCCAGCCCCGGCAGCGGUGCACGUGCCGGCGCGGAGGCCGGCGGGGCUGAGCGCCGAGGCCUGGCAGCGCCUGGAGGCCCACGUGCAGAGGCAGGCGGCCGAGCGCCGGUGGGGGCUGCCCCGCCGCGUCCAGGAGUCCCUGAGGAAGCUGCGGCCGCCUGGCCCCGCUGCCCCGACCCUGCUCCGCCACGAGACCCCGGCCACGGCAGAGCUCGGGACUAUUGUUAGUUAA